CUUGGCACCAACCACUAUAGUUGUUACCUUGGGACCGGCGGACAUUGCCCCUGCUCAGGUUCCUCCUCCUACGUCGGAGCCUCCAUCGGUCCUUGUUUCUUCCUCUACUCCAAUGCCUCAGGCCGAUGCCCUUGCUGCUAACACUCUCUCUGCCAGCAUUGAUGAGCUUUUUCGGGAUAUUGGAGGCGGCAUUGGCGGAGAUGUGAAUGGGCCUCCUCCAGCAUAA